GGACGUGGUGACAUCAUUCAUAGAGGACCUCCUUGUCAGCUGUGGCGUUAAAUAUCUCUAUCUCUAGCUUAGCCAGCCGAACAGAAAAUAAAACUUAGCUCCUCUAGGGUUUAAGUAAUGGAUAAGAAUGCCACUCGAUACAAUGUACAACUUUAUAUUUAUGAUUUAUCGAGGGGAAUGGCCCGCAGCCUCAGUCCUAUUAUGCUAGGUAAGUAUCAUAAAAUCCGUUACAGCCUGGCCUGACGGACAAAUAAGUGUCAAUAACAAACACCGGGAGAAGAUGCGCGCAUAGAAGUGCAUUUUGAAAUCUUAUUUAGCUGUCUUUAAAUCAUGAGUUGUACCAACCUUUGAUUCAAUCGCCAAAACCCAGUCUUUUGUCUGUUUUCUUUUUUUUAAAUAUGUUUGAAUCGUGACAGAUUAAUCUCUACGAACGGGGGUGGGAGGUUAAUGUUGUUCAUGUGUGAGCUGGUUUUCUCAGAAUCAUCUAUUAUCAUCUGUUUUUUUUUCAUGUUUGUCUUUCAGGAAAACAACUGGAGGGGAUUUGGUAUGUAUUAUCUCUCGACUAUUUUCACAGCUGACUCACCUGCGUCAACCUGAGUCAUAAAAAAGCUUCAUAAUAAUAUGUUAAUAAUAAUGCAGGUGCAGGCCUGUGGCACAUAUCUUGUCUAUGAGCUGAAAAUAUAGAUACAUUCAUGAAAAAUCCUACUUUUAUUAUAGAUUAGGGCCAGAAACAUCUGCUAGAUAUGUAACAAUGUGUGUAUUAUUGCUAAUAUUUUAAUUUUGCCUAAUAAUGUUAGGAAUUUAGCUUACCAAGCAAAGCAAGCAUGAGUAGACCAUGCACAAUUUGUAAUUUUUUGUGUUGCAUGAAUUCAUUUUGCUGAAAUCUGAUUUGGAUUGUCCCCCAUGAUGAUCAUUUUGUACUUUUUUAUUCAGGCACACAGCUAUAGUUGCAUAUGGCGAUGAGUUCUUCUUUGGAGGCGAGGGGAUUUCGAGCUGUUCACCGGUACGUCUGUUGCAGAAAUACUGAUCUCUGACUGCUUCUUAUUCAACAGACUCAAUAGGAAAAUGUCCAAACGUACAGCUAUUGCACCAAAUCAGCUCUUGAUUUGAUUUCUGCCACUCAGAUUGUGAGCUCCUGCAGUCGGUCCCCACUUCUGCUUUAAUUUAAUCUGUUAACUGUCACAUGGGUUCAGUAUUUUCUAAAAGCCUUUUUAAAAUGUCACAGUGUGCAAGACACAAUAUCCCUGUUAAUUACUUUUAGUUGCUGCCAAUCACUUGAAGACUUUCACCUGAUCCUUGGUUUUAUUUCACAAGGAUGUUUCAAAUUAAACCUAUCCUCCAAAGCUCAGGGCACAUUUGAAGGAUGAGGCUGAUGUUACUUAAUCAUUUUUCUGUUAUUCAAAAAUUCCAUCUACAGACCUUAACCCAAAAUGUGUUGGUCUGUCUCUUAACACUUGAAUGAUUGGCAUAUAAUUACCAAAGUUAUGCCCUAACUAUGGCUCAAUUCAAGUUACGGUGUCCAUUUUCUCGGCAAUAAGAUAUAUGCCAUAUGCCAUGGUUAAGUGGUGUGCUUUUAUUGAUUCUGGACAGAAUUUAAAGUUUUAGGUAUAAAGUAAUGAGAUGAUAAAGGCUUUUGAUUUUUUUAACUGUAGAGAUUUAAGCUACAGUGACCUUGAAACCAUUUACAACCAGUAACUUGGAAAAAUGAGAGCAGAGUCGUUUAAAAAAUUAUGGCAAAAAUGUGGAUUGAUCUUUCUGGUAUAUAAAGCACCAAGAUUUCAAACCUUUUAUGACUGAAAUCAUUAUUUGGGAAUCAGCUUUAGCAUUUGAGAGAACUUGUACAUAGUCAAUAUGUUUUAGACACGUAUCACCUUUUUGACAGUUGGUUUUAGCUCAAUACAAGGCGUCAUUUUAGUAUUAAAUCAUCAUUGGUUUAUAACUCUGUUAGAUACCCUGGUAUGAUAUACAGUAUAUCAUUUAUAUAUAUAUAUAUAUAUAUAUAUAUAUGUGUGUGUGUGUGUGUGUGUGUGUGUGUGUGUGUGUGUGUGUGUGUGUGUGUGUGUGUGUCUUUAAGGGUGGAACAAUGCUGGGACCUCCAGACACGGUGGUAGAGCUGGGAGAGACUGAGGUGUCUGAGGAGAUCUUCAUGGAUUACCUUUCCUCUCUGGGAGAAAGCACAUACAGGUGGAGUAAAUAUGGUGUGCUUACUCUGUUUAAAGAGCAGGGGUGAAAAUAAGAUAGAAAGGGCAUAUGGAAAAAAAAGGAAAACUUGUGAUAAAUCUGUCUCUGGGAGCAUUUUUAACUGUUUUCAAGCUCUCUACUUUUAUCUAUCUCCUUGAUAUUUUGUGAUCAUAAGAAUGUUGCACAACAGAACCAUUUCUAGUUCGUCAGAAAUAAAUAUGACCUUGUAAAAAACAAACAAACUCUGGACUAUAGUAAACUUACAGAACAGGGAUAGAUUUCAAGCCCCUGGUACCCUUAGCGUUAAGCUUAUUGAACCCCCCUUCCCCAUGUCCCUUGUUUGAAUGAAAAGAAGUAGUAACAUAAAGCUUUUAAAUACUUGCCACUGGCUGGUUACAUCGUUUAAAGCUAAAUUUACUGUCUUUCUCUGUUUCUUCCUCAGAGGUGACAGGUAUCGUCUGUUCGAGCACAACUGCAACACCUUCACCAACGAGGUGGCUCAGUUCCUGACAGGCAGGAGCAUCCCCACUUACAUCACCGACCUGCCGUCUGAAGUCCUCUCAACGUGAGUGUUUAACUCAGUCUGUCAGCUUUAAAAAGAGACCCAUGAAUGCAUCAGUGUCCUUAUGAAAUCAGUCAUUGAGCUGUGGCUUUUUCCACUUUAGUUCUGGUUUUGCGCUUCAUGUAACCACUAAAAGACUUAUAAUUCUCCUCUACUCAGGGUUAGCCUAACAUUUAUAAACACAGAGAACAAAACCAUGAAGCAUAAGAGUGACUUUCACACAUAAAAGAUGUUUGUUCUGUUUAAAUAUGUGGUCACUGAUACUGGAAAACUUCAAGCAAUUUGAUGUGAGUCUUUUUAAUUGUGCCCUUUCAAGACUUCCAAAUAAACUCACCCUGAUCUUUUUUUAGAGUCUAAAGGGACUCACAAGUUCAGCCUCAAAUUCAGUGUGACUCAAAAUAAAACAGAGCGUCCCAGUUCCUGCAGUCAUCAUAAACAGGCCAACAAUAAAUCUGGUAUCUGCUGGAGUGAAAUCCUUAUCAUAACCUGCCCUCAAAGUGUGUUUUAUCAUUUUGUUUUGGCUUCAAUGCUUUUUAUAAAGCUGCUCCAGUGCAUCACAGCAGUGUUGCAAUAUAUGGGAUGAUUACCUCGAUCGAAGAGAGUCAUCAUAUGAUUAUAACUUCAAAAAUCUCUUUAGAAAUCAAACUAUUCCUGAAAAUCUGAGGGCCCAUUUGCUGUUGUCUGUCAAAGCACAAGACCUUGCCUAUGCUUAAAAAGCCUGGUAGAUUGUACUACUCAGGAGAAAAAAUGGAAACAGAGCACUUUUUUAACAUUCUGAUUUAUUCUAGAGACCUUUAGCCUCUAAUAGAGAGAGAGAUAGAGAGAGACUAUUAAGAUCAGGAUCUGGAGUUGAUCCUAUUGUAGCUUCUAUAAUGAGGCACUCUUUGAGCUGAGCAAAACCAGACCUCCUCUGAAUUUCAAAACCUUGUUGAAGCGUGCCGGUUUGGCUAAGUGGCCUAAAUAUGCACCCCACAAACAGACGCUGCAGUUUUCAGCGCAGAGGUUGCAGGUUCAACAACUGGCCUUGGUCAUCCUGCACUCUCUUCUUCCAAAUGUUUCCUGUCUCUCCUCAGCUGUCCUAUCAAAUUAAGUGUUAGUUGUGCAUGUAAAUCAGGGGCAGUAAUCAAAAAGUGAUUCACGGUAGAAUACCUGAUGGAUGACAAUGAUGACAAUGACAUUAUGCUCAUGUGAUAAUUGAUAAUAUGCAAGAAAAUCAUAUGAUCAUAAAUCUUGAUAUCUGAUUAACUGAAGAUUUAAGUGCCGGAUUUAUAUUGUUAGAGCCGACACAAGUGGUCAUAGAUCUGUGAUGCUGUGACUCACAUUGGAGGGACAUUCUGUGUCACAAGGGUUGGAUUAUCAUUGGUAUAAUAUAGAAUAUUUAGCACCAGAAAUAUGAUCAUUUUAUCACAUACGUCAAGAUGACUGUACAUUAUCAUUUGCAUUCAUUGUCUAAAACCAUACCACAAAUAUAAGCUGACAAUAGCAGUUACAGAGUAGUGGAAAAAAUAAUGUAAAGCAAGGUGAGCAGACUGGUGCAGAUUUUGAAAAGCCACUUAAAUCACCCGGUUAUGAAAUAUCUGCGGUCACUGUGUUUGACAUUAAAUCUAAAAAUACCAAAUCACGUCUCUCUCCACAGACCGUUUGGUCAGAUACUACGACCCAUCCUGGACUCGAUCCACAUCGCCCCUCCAGGAGGGAAUGUGAUCAACGGGGGGAGGAACAUCUAACCUGAGCGAGAGCAGGGGAGUCAGAGAGUGUUCACAAAACCACCUUCACUGUUGUCAGUCAAUCAGAAAAUAUACAAAAAAAAGUCUUUCUUUUUUGUCCUCCUUCCUUUCAGUAAAUGUAUGACGCACUCGCACUGGAAGCUAUAACUGAUAAUGAACCAGUUAAUCCUUAAAAGUCAUAAUUCAAACACUAUUUUAGAAAUAAUAUUUAGAGGGUUUAAGUUUGAGGGGGCAACAAACUCAUUUUCCCUCCAUACAACAACAUAGAAUAUAUAAUAGUCUACCAGCAUACAGGUGUUAUUUCAGUCACUUUGCUCUGAAAAAGUUGACUUUAAUGAAUGUUUUAUUCUUAGAAAUCCAUCGACAGAGAGUCAGGUGCUGCUUAAUUCAUUAUUUAUUCAUACUUUCACUCCACAGCAUAGAAAUAUCGCACAUUUUGAUGGCCUGUUUUUUUUUCUGAUUGCUGUAACUGAACCACCUACAACAUCAAGAUACCUCUUAGAUAAAAGCGCAGACAGCUUAUUCAGUCACUUUUGUUCAUAGGGAAAAAAUGCUUGUUUUUAAGUGUGAUCACACAGAGCUAUUAAGAGGACAUGAGUAGAAGAAAAGAGUCUGGUACACAUGAGAAACUUUGAGAAGAGCACAGGAAAAUAUGCUUUCUGGUGUGUGAUUUAGAUUGUUUUCUGCAGAAACUAGACAAGUCCAGAUUCUUGCUCAUCUUUCUCGUUUGGAUUCUGUGAAAUUUUUUGCUUGAAGAAAAAACGUGAAAUAUUCAUUUUACACUCUGAUAAUGACUCCAUUCUUUGUGUUGGUUUUUUGAGCCUGCUCUUUUUAACCUUAUGUCAGUGUUAUUUUCUGUUUCAGUGUGGUUUUACCUGUUGUCUUAUUUUGUAUUUUUUUGCACCUUUUUAAGCUAAUACUUUGGCCAUGUGUCCUUGUAAAAGAAGUUUAAUUAAAUACAUAUGUUUAUACCACAAACUCUUAUUAAGUUUCAUAUUUGUGCUUUUUUUACUCCAUCAGUCAGACUUCAUUUGCAAAGCAUUUUUCAUUCAGCAAUAAUGUUACACAAAGUGCUGUACAUACAAUAUUAAUGAGAAUGGUAAUAAUAUAUGAGAGGGACUUUAUAAAAACAGGAGCUGACAAAUCAAGGAAAUGUUAGGAGGAGGUUUUACUAAGGAAACACUAAAAAUCUUUAACCCAAAAUCCACUCAAGGCCAAAUAGAAAUCAGUGCAUUUUUAAAUUCCUCCUGCUUUUGGAAAGCCUGUUUUCUUCCACCUUUCCUGGUAAAUAUUUCUGUUUUAUACCUUUGUCAAAGGAAGUGAAAACAUUGAAGUUAAAGUUUUUACAACUUGAUCUUAAUAUAACAUUUUUGAGCUCUGGGAACUUCUAUCAAGUUUUCAAGAUCACGGGGUGUGAAAAUGAUUGACAGUCUCUGCUGGUUCAACCUUUACAUCACGCUAUCAACGUGUGUUGGGACUGUCUUGAUGUUAUUUUGGAUUUGACUCCAUCAGAAGCUGCAGCAGAAACACACACUGAGUAAGUGGUUAGUAUUUCAUACAGAACUAAUUCAUUCUGAUAGGAUUUAGUUUAAUAUUGAACCAAUUCAGUGAGAGUCAGCAGUCUUAAUUGUUUUACCACAGGACUGCCAGAUAGUGCUUCUUUUAUGGACUUUUCAUUUCACCAUUUAAUUAUUAAAAACACCUAUCAAACAACA